AGCGCCCGGCCGCUCCUGCCCGCCCCGCUCCCUCCUGCCAAACUGUUACCCUGAGUGUUACCGUCAGGAGCAAUGACAUCAGGGUUUUAAAACAACUUGUUAUUCGGGGAGUAAUCAGUUGCAAUUAGGCAUUAAUUAAGUAUUAUGAAAGUUGAUUAUUUAAGUGAAUUCGGCUUUCGACUCUCCGACUAUGAGUUUGGGACCAAGGAGCGCAGAAUGGAUCUCGGAACAGAGCCAAGCUUCUGCUCUAUUCCAGGCACCAGAGUGGCAGAAAUAAAGGAGCCCUGUGCCUGCCUUCAAGGGCCUGUGCCUGCUGAAGGCACCCGGUGCACCGACCCGCCUGCAGGCAAGCCCUCAAUGGCGGCCAAGCGCAAAGGUGGCCUGAAGCUCAACGCCAUCUGCGCCAAGCUGAGCCGCCAGGUGGUGGUGGACAAGGGAGCAGAGGCCGGCUCCCAGGCCGUGGGCAGCCCACUGCGGCCCCGGGACAAGGAGUGCAGUGGCCCUGAGUCUGGGGUGCCCCAGGCUCCCCGAAGCGAAGAAGACAAGAGGCGGGCGGUGAUCGAGAAGUGGGUCAACGGGGAGUACAGCGAGGAGCCAGCACCCACGCCAGUGUUGGGGCGAAUUCCCCGAGAGGGCCUGGAGCUGCCGCCCGAGGGAGUCUACAUGGUCCAGCCCCAGGGCUGCAGCGAUGAGGAAGACCAUGCAGAAGAGCCUUCCAAAGAUGGCGGCGGCAGCCUGGAGGAGAAGGACUCGGAUGGGACAGCCUCAAAGGACAGCAGUGGCCCUGGUGCCAAGCAGGCUUCAGGAGAGGCCUCCUCUCUGCGGGACUAUGCGGCCUCCACCAUGACCGAGUUCCUUGGCAUGUUCGGCUACGACGACCAGAACACGAGGGACGAGCUGGCCAGGAAGAUCAGCUUCGAGAAGUUGCACGCGGGCUCCACCCCUGAGGCGGCCACCUCCUCCGUGCUGCCCGCCUCAGAGGACGCCCUCAGCAAGCGGGUGCGGUUCUCCAAGUACGAGGAGUACAUCCGAAAGCUCAAGGCCGGGGAGCAGCUCUCCUGGCCAGCCCACGGCACCAAGGUGGAGGAGCGGGCAGGCAAGGAGGUGGUGGGUCCCCUGCCGGGCCUGCGGCUGCCCAGCAACACCACCCACCUAGAGACCAAGGCCACCAUCUUGCCCCUGCCGUCACACAGCAGUGUCCAGAUGCAGAACCUGGUGGCCCGUGCCUCCAAGUAUGACUUCUUCAUCCAAAAACUGAAGACGGGUGAGAACCUGCGGCCCCAGAAUGGGAGCACCUACAAGAAGCCAUCCAAGUACGACCUGGAGAACGUCAAGUAUCUGCACCUCUUCAAACCAGGGGAGGGCAGCCCUGACAUGGGCGGGGCCAUCGCCUUCAAGACGGGCAAAGUGGGGCGGCCCUCCAAGUACGACGUCCGGGGCAUCCAGAAGCCCAGCCCCGCCAAGGUUCCACCCACCCCCAGCCUGGCUCCUGCAGCCCUCGCCGUUGUGCCCAGUGCUCCCAGCGCCCCCGGGCCAGGGCCCGAGCCACCUGCCUCCCUGUCCUUCAACACUCCUGAGUACCUGAAGUCCACCUUCUCCAAAACAGACUCCAUCACCACAGGCACCGUCUCCACUGUCAAGAACGGAUUGCCCACAGAUAAGCCAGCUGUCACUGAAGAUGUAAACAUUUACCAGAAAUAUAUUGCCAGGUUCUCAGGCAGUCAGCACUGUGGCCAUAUCCAUUGCGCCUACCAGUACCGUGAGCACUACCACUGCCUGGACCCAGAGUGCAACUACCAGAGGUUCACGAGUAAGCAGGACGUGAUCCGGCACUACAACAUGCACAAGAAGCGCGACAACUCCCUGCAGCACGGCUUCAUGCGCUUCAGCCCGCUGGAUGACUGCAGUGUAUACUACCACGGCUGCCACCUCAACGGGAAGAGCACCCACUACCACUGCAUGCAGGUGGGCUGUAACAAGGUGUACACAAGCACGUCCGACGUGAUGACCCACGAGAACUUCCACAAGAAGAAUACACAGCUCAUCAACGACGGCUUCCAGCGCUUCCGAGCCACUGAGGACUGCGGCACGGCCGACUGCCAGUUUUAUGGACAGAAGACCACGCACUUCCACUGCAGGCGCCCUGGCUGCACAUUCACCUUCAAGAACAAGUGUGACAUUGAGAAGCACAAGAGCUACCACAUCAAGGAUGACGCCUAUGCUAAGGAUGGCUUCAAGAAGUUCUAUAAGUACGAGGAGUGCAAGUAUGAGGGCUGUGUGUACAGCAAGGCCACCAACCACUUCCACUGCAUCCGCGCCGGCUGCGGCUUCACCUUCACCUCCACCAGCCAGAUGACCUCGCACAAGCGCAAGCACGAGCGCCGCCACAUCCGCUCCUCGGGCGUGCUGGGGCUGCCACCCUCGCUGCUGGGCGCCAAGGACACGGAGCACGAGGAGUCAAGCAACGACGACCUGGUCGACUUCUCUGCCCUGAGCAGCAAGAACUCCAGCCUGAGCGCCUCUCCCACUAGCCAGCAGUCCUCCGCAUCCCUGGCCGCCGCUGCCAGCGCCACCACCGAGGCUGUGCCCAGUGCCACCAAGCCUCCCAACAGCAAGGUCUCGGGGCUUCUGCCCCAGGGCCUGCCUGGCUCCAUCCCGCUGGCACUGGCCCUCUCCAACUCUGGCCUGCCCACCACUGCGCCCUAUCUCCCCCUCCUCCCUGGCCGGGGGAGCGCGUCCCUGCCUGUGGGUGCCCCCGGCCUUCUGAGUGCCGUGUCAUCUGGGGCAGCACCCUCAGCAGCCCCUGACACACCUGCUCUGGUGGCCUCAGGAGCUGGAGACUCGGCCCCAGCAGCUGCCACCUCUGUCCUGGUGCCCCCUGCCUCCAUCAUGGAGAGGAUCUCUGCGAGCAAAGGGCUCAUCUCACCCAUGAUGGCCAGACUGGCUGCGGCUGCCCUCAAGCCCUCUGCCACCUUUGACCCAGGAAGCGGGCAGCAGGCCACCCCUACCAGGUUCCCCCUGGCCCAGGUGAAGCAGGAGCCCUGCAGCGAGAGCGCUGGUGCCCCAGGCCCACACGAGGCUGCCCACGACCGCAGUCUCAACCUGACUGUGAAGGAGCCCAGUAAUGAAUCAAAUGGCCACGCAGUCCCAGCAAAUUCAUCUCUUUUAUCCUCGCUUAUGAAUAAGGUCUGUCCAAGGGUCACGUGGGCCCAAGCUCAGCCUCUGUCCUCCCAGAUGUCUCAGGGCGACCCUGGCCUCGGCAGCCUGCUGAACAUCAAGGCAGAAGUGGAGGGGAGCCCUGCUACGGAGCCCUCACCCUUCCUGGGCAAGGCUGUGAAGGCACUUGUCCAGGAGAAGCUGUCGGAGCCCUGGAAGGUGUACCUGCGCAGGUUUGGUACCAAGGACUUCUGUGACGCCCAGUGUGACUUCCUCCACAAGGCCCAUUUCCACUGCGUGGUGGAGGAGUGUGGUGCGCUCUUCAGCACCCUGGACGGGGCCAUCAAGCACGCAAACUUCCACUUCCGGACAGAGGGAGGAACAGCGAAAGGAAACACAGAGGCUUCCUUCCCAGCCUCUGCUGCUGAGACCAAACCUCCCCUAGCACCCUCAUCCCCCCCAGCACCCCCUGGCGCCACAGUCCCGGGGUCUUCCCUGGAGGGGCCCACUCCUAACCCAGCCUUGGUGCCCUCCACCCCCACCCUGCUCGCCUGGAAGCAGCUGGCUUCCACCAUACCCCAGAUGCCUCAGAUGCCCGCGUCAGUGCCUCACCUUCCCGCUUCACCCUUGGCAACGACUUCUCUAGAGAACGCCAAGCCCCAGGUCAAACCCGGAUUCCUCCAGUUCCAGGAGAAUGAUCCUUGCCUCACGACAGACUGCAAGUACGCCAACAAGUUCCACUUCCACUGUCUCUUUGGGAACUGCAAGUACGUCUGCAAGACCUCUGGCAAGGCUGAAUCCCACUGCCUGGAUCACAUCAACCCCAACAACAGCCUGGUGAAUGUGCGAGACCAGUUUGCUUACUAUUCCCUCCAGUGUCUCUGUCCCAACCAGCACUGUGAAUUCCGGAUGCGAGGGCACUACCACUGCCUCCGGACUGGCUGCUACUUUGUGACCAACAUCACCACCAAGCUGCCCUGGCACAUAAAGAAGCAUGAGAAGGCUGAGCGGCGGGCGGCCAAUGGAUUCAAAUACUUCACCAAGCGGGAGGAGUGCGGCAGGCUAGGCUGCAAGUACAACCAGGUGAACAGCCACUUCCACUGCAUCCGGGAGGGCUGCCAGUUCUCCUUCCUCCUCAAGCACCAGAUGACCUCUCACGCCCGGAAGCACAUGCGGAGGAUGCUAGGGAAGAACUUCGACCGAGUGCCCCCCUCCCAGGGCCCCCCAAGCCUGAUGGAUGCCGAGACAGAUGAGGGCAUGGAUUACACCGGCUGCAGCCCAGGCGCUGCCUCCUCCGAGUCGUCCACCAUGGAUCGGAGCUGCUCAAGCACCCCGGUGGGCAACGAGAGCACUGCGGCAGGGAACACCAUCUCCAUGCCCACCGCCUCGGGGGCCAAAAAGCGCUUCUGGAUCAUCGAGGACAUGUCGCCCUUCGGCAAGCGGCGGAAGACGGCCUCCUCGCGCAAGAUGCUGGACGAGGGCAUGAUGCUGGAGGGCUUCCGGCGCUUCGACCUCUACGAGGACUGCAAGGACGCGGCCUGCCAGUUCUCACUCAAGGUCACGCACUACCACUGCACUCGGGAGAACUGCGGCUACAAGUUCUGCGGGCGCACGCACAUGUACAAGCACGCGCAGCAUCACGACCGCGUGGACAACCUGGUGCUGGACGACUUCAAGCGCUUCAAGGCCUCGCUCAGCUGCCACUUCACCGACUGCCCAUUCUCGGGCACCAGCACGCACUUCCACUGCCUGCGCUGCCGCUUCCGCUGCACCGACAGCACCAAGGUCACGGCGCACCGCAAGCACCACGGCAAGCAGGACGUGAUCAGCGCCGCGGGCUUCUGCCAGUUCAGCUCGAGCGCAGACUGCGCCGUGCCCGACUGCAAGUACAAGCUCAAGUGCUCGCACUUCCACUGCACCUACCCGGGCUGCCGCCACACGGUGGUGGGCAUGUCGCAGAUGGACUCGCACAAGCGCAAGCACGAGAAGCAGGAGCGCGGGGAGCCGCCCGCCGCGUCGCCCUCGCCCUCGCCCUCGCCCGGCGGCCUGGAUGGGGCGCUCGCGCUCGGCGCUGAGCCCGGGGCGUCGCUGCUCUUCCUGCAGUCGGCGGCCACGGGCCUGGGCCUGGCCCUGGCGCUGGGCGAUGCGGGUGACCCCGGGCCGCCCGACGCCGCCGCAGCUGCCUCCCGCCCGCAGGAGGGGCCCACUGUGCCCGGCCCGGCCAGCGCUGCUGUCCAGGCCGCGGGGGAGUCCUCGCAGGAGGAUGACGAGGAGGAGCUGGAGAUGCAGGAGGAGGCCGAGGACGACGACGACGACGAGGACGACGACGAGGACGACGACGAGGACGACGACGACGACGAGGACGACGACGACGAGGACCUGCGCACCGACUCGGAGGAGUCGCUGCCCGAGGCGGCAGCCGAGGCCCCGGCGCUGGUGGCCCUGGGCACCCCGGGGCCAGCGCCCGCCGCGGCAUCGCCCUAGGUCCCGCCUCGCGCUGUCUGUGGACGCUCCCUCUACAGAGUCCCGCCCGCCCGCUCGUCCAGACCGGGAGGGGAGGCGCCCGUGCCCCGCCGGUGCUUCCGGACCCCGAGUCCGUCUCAGGACAGAGGCGGGGACCCCUGGUGCUCCGGGCCGGACGAGCAGCUCAGCGGCUGGAGGACAGGGCGCCCGCGCACCCUGCGAGGCCGAAGGCGGGAUCUCCGGGGAACCCGCCGGCGCUCGGGUCCUGUUGGAGCCAGAUCGUCCCUGCUCAGGACCCAGGGGCGCCGGGGACGCCCGGGACACCCCCCGGCACCUGCAGCCUCGGGCAGGGCCCCUACGUGCAGCUAAGACGCCCCCUGGCCAGGGGAGGGCGGGCGGAGGCGGCCAGCGUGGUGACACUGCAGGGACGCUGCCACCUACCCGCCGGGGGCCCGGCCGCUGCAACUGUCCCCUCCCCCGGGCUGGGGUUGGGUCUGCGCGGUGACACCAGCCACCCCCAGUGCGGGCUGUGUCCCCGAGAGGUGGGGCCAGGGUCUGGGCCACCCUGGGUCCAAACAGGAAGGAUGCGACUGUUUUGGGCUUUAAUAUUCAGAAUGGAAAAAGAUACCAGAAAGUUGUACAGUAUUUUUCCUGUAAAGGUUAUUAUUCUACAUAGAACAAAAAGAAUCCACAGCAGGUGGGUGCAGUGCAGGCCGCCUCUGGACCAGCCCAGGGCCUGCAGGCCUGAAUGCCAUUUCCUGCGGGGUCGUGGGUGGCGCUGACUGGAGGCCUUAGCGGUCUGAGGCCGUCUGUCUUCACACUAGCACUGAUGGUGCGCGUGAUCCCAGCUUCUCACUUGAAUUUUGUAGAGAUGAGAAAAACAGACUCUUACUGUUGAUCCCAGUUUGUAGUUAAUUUAACAUUUGAGUUUUCUCUUGGUUAUUCGUGUGGCUCUGUAGGGCGCUCUUGUUCCAGUUUGUUAUUUUGUUUGCGGUGCUUCUCUGCUGGUGCGGCCCAUCCAGAUUCGGUCCCCUUUUCAAAACAUCCCUUCCUGGGGCGGUGGAACCAUCAGAGCGCCACAUGGGCCACCUGCAGGCACACCUGGCCGGGGCCACAGAGGCGGGGCCGGGCUGUGACCAGAGAUGCUGGCCUCAGGUCUCCCAGGGUCCUGCCCCAGUGGGACACGGCUUUCUUUUCCUUUCUUCCUUUUUUUUUUUUGUUUGGUUUGGCUUUUUGAGACAGGGUCUCACUAUGCAGUUCAGGCUGGCCUUGAACUCACUGUGUAGUCCAGGCUGGCCUCGAACUUUGUGACAAUUCUCCUGCCUCAGCCUCCCUUCUCUAUUUUUUCCUCUUUUCUUUUUUCUUUUGGGGUGUGUGUGUGUGUGUGUGUGUGUGUGUGUGUCCUCUCUGCCACCCACAGCCAGAAAGCCAGGGCAUCUGAACUGAAGAGGAAUGGGGAGGGAGGGAGGGAGGAGCGGUCACAGUGUACCGAGCCCGAUAGGAAGUAGGUUGAUUCCCACACCCUCACCACAGCCCCCCAAGUUCUGCGGCCCCCGUGCUGCUUGGCCCAGACUCCGCCCUCCCACGGGACCCUGCAUCUGUGGAAGGAGUUUUGUAAAGGAAAAAAAAUGUUUUCCAAUGUAGCAAAAUCAAACCAAGAAAAAAAAAACAAAAGACAAAAGAUGUGGACAGUGCGAAGUCCAGCCUUUUAUACCCUUCAUAUUGCACACUAGGACUAUAAGCCAUUGCUAGCUCAUUUUGAAUUUUAAUGUGUAAUUUUUGUUUUAUUUUCUUUCUGUGGGGAAAACGAUGCUUGAUCCACCAAUGCUCUUUUUAAUGUUUUAUAACUAUGUAUGUGUAUAUAUAUAAAUAUAAAAUAAUAUGUAUGCACAUAUGUGUGUAUAUAUCUAUAUGUAUAUACAUAUAUAGAUAUAUAGAGAUAUAUAGAGAGGUUUUGAGACAAAAAAAAAAUGCAGACCGUGAAACCGAACUGAACAGCGUGUGCUCUGAUUACUUGAAUCUGGUCUCCUCGGCACCUGGUUAUUAAGAACUGAAUAUUUUUCCACUUGAAUUUAGUGCUAUUAGAAAUUUAAUAUAUGUGUUUUAUUUAUUUGAUUUUUUUGCAUGACUGAUGCAAGGUUUGACAUUUUCACUCAAUAAAAACUGGAAAAAAAUCCA